AUGGACGGUGUCUCGGUUCGGCAGCCAUCGCCGCACACUUAUGUUCGCACAAGAGUUGCCAACGCGUGCGACAGUUGUAAAGCUCGAAAAGUCAAAUGUGACGGAAAACUGCCAUGUGGUUACUGCUUGAGACGCCACCGUCCUUCCACAUGUCGGUACUCGCCACAGCAGAGACGAAGAGCACCGGCCCCCACGCCAGGAACUCCUUCUCCUUCUGUGCAUGCACGUGUUCAUGACGGUCAGAAUUAUCAGGCAGAAUCUCGACAGUCGGGCUCGACAAACGACCUUUUGGCUGAAGAGGAGACUGAGGUUCCGAGGGAGGCGCGUCUGUUAUGUGAUGCUCAAGGAAAGCUGAUUUUUAUUGGAGACUGCGCUCCAUUGUCGUUCUUCCAGACCGUCCGCCAGCUGGUCAACACACGCGUAGAUCCACAAGUCUUCGCGCAUCAAAGUGAAAACCCCCCUUUCAGACCGCCCGCCCACUACUCCGGCAGCGACGAGCCUGGCCUACAUCUGGCAACGAUACCCGAAGCCAUCUCUACCUAUCAUGCAGUUACCAGUGGCCUUGUAGAUCUCUUCAACCAUGCGCAUUUUGUGAAUGAGUUGGGAUCCUGGGCCCAACAAACACACCGCUUACAGGAUGCAUCAUCUGCGACUUUCUAUCUCGUCCUUGCCAUAGGUUACCAAUCUUCCGAUGAAGACCGUGCCUCGUCUUACUUUGAAUUUGCACGCAACAUUGCGUUAACCAACCUCAGUGGUAACAUUAACAUCCCAACUAUUCAGUCUUUCAUUCUCGUUACUCUUUACAUGCUCGGGUCAUGUCAAAUGAAUGGAGCAUUCCUGUUCUUUGGCAUCGCAGUUAGAGCAGCAUACUCGGUCGGGAUACAUCGCACAGAGAUCAACAGCCGAUUUGGCCCCGAGGUACACAGACAAAGGGAUCGAUUAUGGAAGAGUUUGCGCGUGCUAGAUCUCUUCUUAAGCACAUCAAUGGGCCGCCCGCCCGCUACAUCUGAUGUCGACUGUACUGUGCUGUAUCGAGCAAUAAACGAUAAUGGAUACGAAACAUUUGAUCUUCUCAAUGCGUCUGCGCAGAUUUUUCUGAUCACCGAAGGCAUCGUCGUAGAGGUUUAUUCAAGGAGGAAGGUCUCCUACCAGCUGACUGAGGGCAUCUCACGACAGCUACGAGACUGGUCAAUGCGCUGGUUGCAGAGAUUGAAAGAUGCUGUAUCCAUUUCCUCAACUGAGGACGACUUAAGCAAAAUAACAGGGGCUUGCCAAGUGCUUUGCUCUUACUAUUAUGCCGUUAUCUUAGUAUCGCGACCUUUUCUGAUGUAUGAACUGCACAAGCGUCUGGCUGACAAUUCUGCGGGUGGCUUCAUUGGUAAAACUGGAAUCGUAUCUGGCAAGUCAAAACUUGCCGAUGCAUGCAUCGAUGCGGCAAGCUUCAUGGUAGAUACCCUGGUCAACCUCACUGAGAGAGAGUACCUCAACGGGCACAUGCCGCUGAUAGUGUCAUGGUUAUUCGCUUCGUCACUUAUAUUAGGCGUAGGAUUGCUGGGAUCAUUUGGCCGAAUUUUGGAGAAGUACACUCGAAACUCCAUUAUGGUCCUAGAGCAUUUUGCCAAAAGUGAUGCACAUGCUUCACAGUAUUCGCUUAUUGCAAAGUCCUUGCUCAACGCAGCUCUCGAUUAUUUGGAGAAAAAGGAGCUACAGGAGCGAACUCAAAGAACAGAAAGCUCCUCGCAGCUGUUUGGCCUUGUGCCUCGCGACAACGCAGAGGCUAAUCGGGACGCCCAUCCUACAACAAAAGACCAUGUCACACCUACAAGCGCAGGCAAAACACUAAGUGCAAAGUCUAACGGUUUCUUUUCGGGCUUCUUGGGUCUAGACUCAUCGUCAUUCGCGGAUUUGGAUGCAUCGUUUCUUGGUCUUUCCGCGUCUCUGCCGCAAACCCCAGACUUGUCUGCACUUGCCGGAAGAAAUGACGAUCAUAGCUUCAGUGAUCUCAACCUUUUCCAGCUUCUUGAUGGUGAUGGUCAUAUCGACCUUGGUCCUUACAUCUAG